AGGAGGUGGAAUAGGGGAUUAAAUCUAACUGGGACCUUCCUGUUCCCAGCAGCCCCCUGAGCUGAGCCGAGAGUUGAGCUGGAGUGCAAUCGCUACCGUGGCUCAGCCUCCUUUCUCUUGCCUAAGGUGGGGGUGGUGUCUGGAAAAAUAAAAAUAAACCAGAACGGGUUACCUUGCUUCCUUCAUCUUCCCAGGGCAAGUGAGUUUGAAUCGAGGGAUCUGCGGGGGGUGAGGGGGAUACCGGGAAGGGGAGGGGGGAAAUCAUUGCAUUUGCAAGCGGAAUUGGCAAGAUUUGCAAAGGGAGCAUCGCCAGGCACGACCUCCCUCCCUCUGCAAACCGCAGCCCGAGUGGGCAGCAUUGCGCCCUUAUUUUCACUUUGCAAAAGACUUUGCAUGCUUAUUAUUGAUCAGAUUUCUUCCUUGCUUGCCACCCUUGAUGAGAGUUUCCUUGUUCUUCCCAUUGCUCCCGUCUCUCUCUGUCGUUCUCACGUCGGUGCAAUCUCGAAAUGGUUCCCUCUCUCCGGGGAUGUGGCAUCGCGGCUCAGAUCUGCAGGAUAUCGGGGUCCGGCUGGCCGCCGAUUGUCCCCCCCCCUUCCACCACCACCUGCUUGCUCGCCUCUGCCCCCAAUGACAUUGCUCGAUCCCAAGAUGGCCACCUCGGGCGAGAUAGAAAGCUGUCAUUUUCAAAGUUGCGGCUCCGGGGGUGCAGCGAGGCAUCGCGGCGGGGCAUCAAGUUAGAGGUUUCUGGGGCUGAGUAAGGCGGCCAUGGAGAUGAGUCUUUUAUCUUCCUGAGCGGUGCAAAAUCGGGGGUGGGGAUUUGGGGUACCGGAAGGUGCUGUUGGCUGGUUUUUAACUUUAGAAGACACUAUUUAAAGCUCUCUCUAAGUACUGCGGCUAACAGAUUUAUUGUGGCAUGAGCGCAACAGCCACGUGAUUGCUCUUUGUAUUUGUUUGUGUGUGUGCAAGGAGCUUACAUGGCCGUUCCUCUGUAAUAUGUGCUGUGGGAUGGUGCUGUGGGUGAAGCCACAGAGCAUAGGAAUUGCAGAUCAAAAGGUCGGCGGUUCGAAUCCCCGCCACGGGGUGAGCUCCCGUUGCUCGGUCCCUGCUCCUGCCAACCUAGCAGUUCGAAAGCACGUCAAAGUGCAAGUAGAUAAAUAGGUACCGCUCUGGCGGGAAGGUAAAUGGCGUUUCCGUGCGCUGCUCUGGUUCGCCAGAAGCGGCUUAGUCAUGCUGGCCACAUGACCCGGAAGCUGUAUGCCAGCUCCCAUAAAGCGAGAUGAGCGCCGCAACCCCAGAGUCAGCCACGACUGGACCUAAUGGUCAGGGGUCCCUUUACCCUUUACCAGCAUUGGGCUAGAUGGGCCGAUGAAUGAUGGGUGCAAUUUAUCUGGUAUUUUAUUUGAAUGGUUCCUUUUGGUUCCUCCCUUAAUAAAAGUGGAACAGAAAUCAAGGUUUAAGUUGUAUACUGGUCUUCCCCUGUAUCUUUUCAGGAAAUGCAGGGCUGGUAGCACUGAAUCCCGCUUCGGGGCCCUGCACUACAAUUCCCAUCUUCCCUGACAGUUGGCUAUACCGGCAGGGGCUGAUGGGAGUUGGAAUCCAACAUCCGUGGAGGGACACUGGUUCUCCAUCCUCCAUCUGCGGUAGUUUCAGAACAAAGUAGCUGAUUCCGCAUCUCGUGAGAUAGGAGGCGUUCUCAUGUUCCCAGUGAAAGGAUGAGAUUCAAAUCACUGGUAACUGGAGUGCUUUUGCUCUGUAUUCCGUGGUCAAGGCAUAGUUUGAUUUGGGAAUACCCCUGGAACAUAUUUUCAAGGUUGGGGCUCUGAACCCUCUCAACCCUGAAACGUGUUGAGGCACUACAAAAAGAGUGUUGCUUAACAUGCGCAGAGUGCAUUUUGGUCACCGCUGAGCAGGGUGGGCUUUACAGGACAGGGCUUUUAGAUCAGAGCGUGCCAUUUUGUGAAGCCUUGGUACUUUUCGGUGUAGAGGUUGAGUCCUCCCAAGUGGAGGUCAUAGAUUAGCAGAGCUAGAUAGGCCUCGCUGUACCAGCAUGGCUCCCACCAGAAGACAAGAGAGAGCAUGGCUUGUUAGUCUGAGGAGAGGCUAUUCAAUCACAAGCUGUAGACAAUUAUGUUCCCUUUCGCCCAGUACUACUUGUUUGUGAACAUCUGUUACCAACUCCAGAAAUGCUUGAUAGUUCCUCUGAUUUCAACUCUCUCAUUCACCGCAUAGCAGUAACAUUCUGGCUUGGAGGGGGAAAAAGCUCUUUGAGAUGGACUGUGAAGACCCAGGUCGUGUGGAGAUCCACAACUCAGAUGAUGGCGGGAUUGUACGGAGAGUCUACGUAGGUGAGAUGCUUGGCCCAGUUGCACAUCCUUGUGUGGAUCCUAUUAUUGUUAUUACAAUAUUUUUAUUACGCCCUGGUCUAAACCACUGAGCCUAGGGCUUGCCGAUCGGAAGGUUGGCGGUUCGAAUCCCUGCAACGAGGUGAGCUCCCAAUGUUCGGUCCCUGCUCCUGCCAACCUAGCAGUUUGAAAGCACAUCAAAGUGCAAGUAGAUAAAUAGGUACCGCUCCAGCGGGAAGGUAAACUUGAAGUUGAACUUGAAAUGUAGAAAAGGGUCGUGGGCAAACACACUAGCUAUCAUUUUGGUGUUUUGCAUGCAGACAGGACAACCACUGGCAAGUUUAAACCAAACCAGCUUUUCCUGGCCACUUAGGGAAAAUAGUAGGAAUGGUGCAAUAAAACUAAGCCAAAUGGGAGAAAUUAUACAAACUAUUAUAAUAAAUGUGGGUUGCACCAUUAGCUUUUUCAUAACACUCGGGUUAUCUAGGAGCAGGUGUGCGGCUGUUUUUAAACUCAGCCCUGGUGGGUUCCCAUUUUUGAAAGCCUCAGACUUAAAGACCCGUUCUUCUGACUUCUGGGGAUCAGCUUGUGGGUCUUGGUGCAUUGCUCCUGUGGCUGAUCUAUGUGGCUCUUUUCCCCUACAGCUGACAAAAGUGAAGAUGAUCUGGAGCACGAGACCAUCCAAUCCAGCAUUCAGCAUGGACAGUCCACCUGGAAGGCAAAUUCCCAGCAGGAAGGAUCAGCAGUGGACCGGCAGGGGAGCCCGCUAGCCCCUGACAGCUAUGGCAAGGGCGAGGGGGCGGUUGCCGCUGCAGUGGUCUCGCGCUCCACCAAGCAGCGCCCCUUCAUCUGCAACGAGUGCGGCAAGAGCUUCAGCCACUGGUCCAAGCUGCUGCGGCACCAGCGCACGCACACCGGCGAGCGGCCCAGCACCUGCACCGACUGCGGCAAGAGCUUCUCGCAGAACUCACACCUGGUGCAGCACCGCCGCACGCACACCGGCGAAAAGCCCUACGUCUGCCGGGACUGCGGCAAGAGCUUCAGCUGGAGCUCCAAUCUCAUCCAGCACCAGCGCAUACACACGGGAGAGCGCCCUUACACGUGCGGGGACUGCGGGCGCAGCUUCACCCAAAGCAAGAACCUGGCCAAGCACCGGAGGACGCACACGGGUGCCCGGCCGUUCCGCUGCCCCGAGUGCGGGCGGGGCUUUGCGCACACGGCUGGCCUGGUCAAACACCAGCGCCUGCGCCACGACACGGACUCUCCCAUCGGGCACCCAUGCCCGGAAUGCGGGCAGCGCUUCCGGGCACCUUCCGAGGUGGAGCGCCACCGCGUGGCUCACCAUGGCGUCGCCCCCUCGGAGCCCUUCAUUUGCGUGGAGUGCGGAGAGUCUUUCACCAAGAGAACCACGCUCAUCCGCCACAAGAGAGUGCACAAGCCCAUCUUUGUGCGUUGAGGUUUUUCGUUCCCCCGUGUGGGAUAGGAAUUCCAAACGUUGAUGCCCAGGCUUGGGGCCUGAAGACUACAGGUUGAGGUCCAAAGUGACUCUGGACUGCAACCUGGGUGUUGCUUGACCAGGUCAAAGGCCCUGAUGGGGCCAACGUGCAAAAUCCACUGGGUGGUGACGAGGAAGAAGAGGAGGAGGAGGGAAGAAGAAGAGAAGACAGGGCUCAGAGCUUGGACUUCAGGCCCCUGUCGGGAGAGAGACUGGUUGCGGCCCAGAUCUCGAACUGCCGGUGGGGCAGAAUGAAAGCGGAGCACAACUAACUCACCUGCUGAGAAUCUACAGGCCCUAGACCCUCCUCCUGUACAUACAAUGUGUGUUGGGGGGGGGGAUUCUUUAGUUAGAAGCCAUAAUAGAAAACCUUCAAGGGGAGGGAGGGGGAAGAGAUCCAGUCAGCAAGUCUCCCUGAGACUUGGAUGGAAGAAAGAAUUCAGACGAGGAAGCAUCUCGCAGCAGAACUGAGUUGCCUCAGGGAAGGAGCAUGGACCAUUGAGGCAGGGGAGAUUGGACGGCGGUUGAGGAGGGGACAGGGAGAUUGAACAAAACCUUGUGAAAUAAAAGUUUUGUGUAUCUCCUGAUCUCAAAGUGCCAAACUCAUUCUUUCUUUCAGAAGUUUGCGAUCGAACAAGGGCAGUUUGAGAGACCAAGGUAGGCAAUGUGGCGGAAUGGGAAGAUGGACCAAAUUCUGAACAGGAGAUGAACAGCACUGAUAAAAAGGCCACUUACUGGGAGACUGUAGUGGCUGAUGGGCUGUACAGAAGAAGAAAAGGAGACACUAUGGACUAGAAGACGUUUAAGCCCAACAAGAGAACAUAGCAAGUCUUUUUUUGCAGUGCAGGGUACAAACUGGGCAUCUGGGGCAGAACGUAGUUCAUUUUAAAGCUGUUCCUUGUGUUUAUGGCGAUGGAUUCUAGUUAUGCAAAAGACAGUUUUCAUAGAUAGGUCUUGGUCUUCCCAGCCUCAUGUUCCUCUCCUGAUAAAUACUUUUUGCAUACCCACAUUUCUCUACCUAUCACUAUAUUACUACAAGCAUACUUUAUCAACUACAGUCAAGCAAAAACUACAGAGGAUAGACCUCUACAAUAGUAGUAACAGUAUUAUCUGGCCUAUAAGCGAGUCCCUCAGAUGCUGAGGGUUCCUGCAGGGGAGGGAAGUUGUUGUCUCCCCCCCCCCCCAAUAAAAUGAAACAUCUUUGCUUUCUGGUUUCCUGAGAAAACUUAGAAAUACAGUGGUACCUCAGGUUACAGGAGCUUCAGGU